ACAACCUGCUGUGGCUAUACAGUUUCGCUCCUGCUUUACGGUCUGUUUCCCUGAGCAAACUAUAGGACCUACAAAAGACUUCUCUCCUUUCUGAAGCCUCUUUCUGUUGACUCAAAUUCCUCCUGUGGGCAAAAGGUAGGAGUUCAUCUCAAACAAAACCCAUCAGUGACGUCAUAUCAAGGACGACGAAGUGUAUAAUGGGGCCCAAUCUUCCGAAGCUCAAGAGGAAGUUCCAAAAGGUGCCGAACGUGGUGAUGUUGGGUCUGGACUCUGCUGGGAAAUCCACCCUGCUCUACAAGCUCCAGCGACAGGAAGCCAUGGACACUUCACCUACCAUAGGCUUCAACGUGAUCACUCUGGAGCUGAACAAAAAGUCAGUGUUCACCGUUUGGGACAUAGGUGGCCAAAGAGGUCUGAGGUCCAACUGGCAGUACUAUCUGGAAGGAUGCAAGGUGCUGGUGUUCCUAGUGGAUGCUAAUGACAGGACUCGCAUAGAGGAAGCAAAGAUAGCUCUGAAGACCGUUUUAAGCGAUCGGAACCUGGAAGAUGUUCCGCUGAUGGUCUUGGCUAAUAAAACAGACCUGCCAAACUCUAUGACGUUAAAUGAGGUGUGUCAACAGCUGGAUUUAGCGAAAUGCACCGACAGGAAUUGGGAGAUCCAGGCAUGUAGUGCUUUAAAAGGACUGGGACUGCAACAGGCUUUCCUGACUGUGGCCAAACUGAUUCAGAAGCAAUAAGGAAGAUGGCGUCAAUGGGCAUGACCAAUGGACAAAUGAGUUUUUGGAGUAACAAGAAUUCUAGCUAAAGGCUGAAAGAUAGUGAGAAGGAAAAGAGAAUGUUGUAUUAACACUGAAAAGCUGGCAGAUGACUAAAUGAGUGCCAACUCACACGAGCCGGUUCCUGAUGAACUAUAAAAAGGGGAAGUGUAAACAACAAGGACGUUUCAAAGACAUUUUUGAUUGCUUGAGACACAACACCAAAGACAUAUAUGAUAGGAAUGUCAGAUUUAUUUAAAUGAAAAGCUUAUGAUGUAAUGAAAUACACAAAUUCAUGCACUAUACAGUACUAACAGCUAUGUGAUUUAACUACAUGAUGCUUGAUUGUAGGAAUACAGAGAUUGGGUUUUGUAAUAUAACAAAGUAAUUCUCUUCAUUGUGUUGCCAUGUUACUGCGUCGGGUGCGUUUCUGAGGUAGACGUAACUUCAUGGGUGUGUCUCAGAUACACCCGGCCAUUCACAUAUUUUAUCCUUUGUUCAUCAAAACAGGCAUUACUAUUUAUUAAAAAAGUAAUUCACUUCAUAAAGGUGGCGCAACAGAUUUGUGCCAUUAUUACAUCCACGACUUAAGAUCCAUUAACUGAACCAUCAAAUAAUCCAUCAACUCUUAGGAUUGCGUAAUUAAGGCCGAAAUCACUGUGCAGUGCACUUAGAAUCGAUAAGGACCAUUUUCCCCAGCAAAAUCAUAAACAAAUAACCAUAUGAGGCAUCAUGUAUCUCAGUCUGCUCAUGGUUACUGUUCUGUUCCUCAUUGUUUCUUCCUAAACAAACUCAUCAAACCUG